AUGAAGGUCGUUUAUGCCUUGUCGUUAUGCCUGGGCAUAGCUGAUGCUGUGGUGCUACCCGUCUUCUCAGCUCCCAAGGGUGGCUAUGCACUUCCUCGACCUGAUUCAGAUGACACAACGGAUACCUCAAAGACUCUAGCAGGAUCAUCAAAGACAAAUCUGAAUUCUGUACUACCUGUAUUUGGAAAUGCAAAGCCGAAGAGUGGAUUCCCAGCUUCUGCUUUGUCGCGAAGAGUUGAGCGAAUCGAGCAGACUUAUGGCUCUGGUGAUGAGUCUACAGAUGACUCUGAUUAUACGCCUACGGAGCCAUCUGAUGCUACUCCAUCAAGUGCGUCUCAUGACACACCCUCAGGCUCUUCAGGUGAUGUUCAAGAGGUGGUAUAUGCCGAGCCAUUCAUGCAACCCACUUAUGUCCGCUUCGGCCCAGCUCCUGUCGACAAGCCAGAAGUUGCUCCCAAGGCAAAGUCAAAGUCGAAGGAUACUGCGAGUGUAGCCAAACAAGGAGGAGACGACUCCUCCAGUUCUGGUGGACACAAGCAAAAGGGCAAGGAUAAGAACAAGGGCAAAGAUGACAAGGGACGACACAGCGGCGAUGACGACACUACAAAGUCUCGCAAGAAGCCUGAGGAUUCACCAAAGACAUCUUCCAGCAGUGCAACAGAUUCAGUGUCUGUUACUACCGCAAGCACAGCAGCCCCUACAAGCUCGCCUACGGGUAAUGACAAGGGCAAAGGCAAGGGAAAGGGAAAAGGAAAAGGCAAAGAGGAGGGUGGCAGACAUAAUGGAGAUGAUGAUGCUACCAAAUCUCGCACCAGAGUUGAUGACUCCAAGACUCGAUCGUCAGCAUCACCAACUGCUACUGCGUCUUCCAAAAAGGGAAGCUCUGGAAAGCACAGUGGCGACGACGAUGCUGGCAAGUCACGAGCCAAAGCUGAGGACUCCAAGAAGACCUCCAAGAAGGAGUCCAAGCCCUCCAAGAAAUCCUUUAUCACCCACCAAUCCGGCAAAACAUUUGAUGCCGACAGCACCAAAGGCGGCGGCAAAAACGGUCCCGGCUACAAUCCCUCCUUCGACAUCCCCAAGCUCAACAAGGGCUACGUCCAAGCCAUCCCCCCCAAAGCCAGCACCCUAAACAACAAGUUCAGCUCACGCGUGAAGCCCCGUCCCCAACUAAACGCAGAAAAGGUCCGUCCCCUUUCCUCCUCCUCCUCCCCCCUCAAGAGAGAUGCAAAAGAAAACAUACUGAGUCUCCGUGCAGCCGCGCCCUUCAACAGCGCCGCGAUCGACCGCAAAAAGUGGUCAGUGACGUGUGAUAGCGUGCACGAGGGGGAUGACUGCAAGAAUGCUAUCGAUGGGAACGGUGAUACCAUGUGGCAUACUCAGUGGGAGGGCAGUGAGCCUGCGCCGCCGCAUAGUAUCACUGUUGAUAUGAAGAAGAGCUACAACGUCAAUGGUAUUUCUAUGUUGCCGAGACAGGAUGGCUCGCAGAAUGGGUACAUUGCGCAGCAUCAGGUGUUCCUGAGCAAGGAUGGCAAGACUUGGGGUUCGCCUGUGGCGUAUGGGAAUUGGUAUAGUGACUGGACUGUCAAGUAUGCCAAUUUCGAUACACAGCCUGCGCGAUUUGUCAAGCUCGUUGCUCUCACUGAAGCAAAUGGCAAUCCUUGGACGAGCAUUGCAGAACUCAAUGCCUUCCAAGCAAACGACUACGUCCCUCCCCAAGCAUCGCAAGGCGCUUGGGGUCCUACCAUCAACUUCCCCAUCAUCCCCGUCGCCGGAACCGUUGACCCCAACACGGGCAAAGUCCUCGUCUGGUCAUCCUGGGCUAGAGAUACCAUGUCCGGUGGCCCCGGUGGCCUAACGCUUACUUCAACAUGGGAUCCAGCAACAGGCCAAGUCGCAGAGCGUCAAGUCACAGAGACAAACCAUGACAUGUUCUGCCCGGGCAUUUCCCUCGACGGAACCGGCCAACUCGUUGUUACAGGCGGUAACAACGCCGAGCGCACAAGUCUCUUCGAUCCCGUGCAGCAAGCGUGGGUAUCCGGGCCCAACAUGCAAGUCGCACGCGGGUAUCAAUCCUCCGCCACGACAUCUACGGGCAAAGUCUUCACCAUCGGCGGAUCGUGGAGCGGCGGCUCGUCUUUCAAGAACGGCGAGGUGUACGACCCGAAGAAGAAGACCUGGACGCUGCUAAACAAGGCUGAUGUGCAGAAGAUGCUCACGGAUGAUGCGCAGGGCUUGUUCCGCUCUGAUAACCACGCUUGGCUGUUUGGUUGGAAGAGCGGCACUGUGUUUCAGGCUGGGCCGAGUAAGAAUAUGAACUGGUACUACACUGAGAAGAAGAAUGGCGACGUCAAGACUGCGGGGCAGAGGGCUUCUGAUCGUGGUGUUGCGCCUGAUGCUAUGUGUGGCAACGCCAUCAUGUUCGACGCUGUCAAGGGCAAGAUCCUGACUCACGGUGGAACUCCGAAUUAUCAAGACUCGGACGCUACUACUGAUGCCCACAUCAUCACUGUCGGAAAUCCUGGUACAAACGUUACUGUUGCCUACGCGAGUGAGGGUCUCUUCUUUCCUCGUGUCUUUCACAGCUCUGUUGUUCUACCCAAUGGCAACGUCUUUAUUACGGGUGGUCAGGAAUACGCCAUCCCGUUUGAAGACUCAACGCCCCAAUUGCAACCCGAGAUGUACUAUCCCGACAAAGACGGCUUUGAGCUCAUGAAGCCCAAUAACAUCGUAAGGACAUAUCACAGUAUCGCCCUCCUCCUCCCUGAUGGACGAGUCUUCAACGGCGGUGGUGGUCUCUGCGGCGGAUGUGACACCAACCACUUCGACGCUCAGAUCUACACUCCCCCCUAUCUCUACGACGCAAAGGGCAAGUUGGCCACACGCCCCAAGAUCACCUCCGUGUCCGUGUCUUCCAUCAAGGUCGGAGGAACAGUCACUAUUCAAACGGGGGGAGCUAUCGUGCAGGCUUCGCUGGUGCGGUACGGAACGGCUACGCACACUGUUAACACUGACCAGCGCCGUAUUCCGUUGACGUUGGCUAACGCGGGGAAGAACUCGUAUUCGUUUCAGGUGCCUAGUGAUCCCGGUGUUGCGCUGCCGGGAUAUUGGAUGUUGUUUGUCAUGGAUAAGAAUGGAGUGCCGAGUGUGGCUUCUACGAUCAAGGUCACUGGUUCAUAG